UAGGAAUACACAAACACAUAAAAGAGCUGGAUAUCCUCUCCUCAAACUGCUUUUCUUUUCUGCUCUUCAGUCACUCACUCACAUCCACUCUUUACUCGCAACUUCUCCACGCUCUUUAACAAGACAACAGUCCUUCUUUAGUUCCCUUUUCUUCAAAAACAAACCGCCAACAUGAAGCUGUCUGCUGUCACCCUUCUCACCCUUGCCACUGGCAUCCUCGCCGCUCCCGUCGCCGAGGCCAACUACGACGUCUCUUACUCCAGCUAUGAGGCUCCCAAGGCACCCAAGCCUCACUAUGAGAAGCCCAAGCCUAAGCCUCACCACGAGAAGCCUAAGCACGAGUACCCUGCUCCUCACCAUGAGAAGCCUAAGCCCAAGCCUCACCCCAAGAAGCCUGAGUACCCUGCUCCUCACCACGAGAAGCCCAAGCCUAAGCCUCACCCCAAGCCUCACCACAAGCCCGAGUACACCAAGCCCAAGGCUCCCAAGCCCCACAAGCCCGAGUACACUGCUCCCAAGCCUCACCACGAGAAGCCCAAGCCUCACCCCAAGCCUACCUACCAGGCUCCCAAGCCCGCUCCUAAGCCUCACAAGCCUGAGUACACCAAGCCCAAGACCGAGAAGCCCAAGCCUGCUCCUAAGCCUGAGUACAAGGCUCCUACCUACCAGGCUCCUCACUACUAGAUUCGCUCUUCGACGAUGAAGGAUAGUAGCUGUUUGUGCUUUGGUUAUUGAGUGGGUGACUCGUGCUGAUUCACGAUCAUGGUAUAUGACCUGUGUGUGAAAACGCAUAGCGAGAGGACGGCGCUGGACUUCUGACUUAUGAGAGAUUCUGGAGGGAUGUUAGAUAUGUGUUUGGAUGGAUGGACUUUUGACAUAUUCUUCUUGUACUUUAUUGGCCUAUUAGUUAUUAAUAACUCGUCCGGAUGAACUGCGUUGUUUAACUCUACUCUCCUUCCCUGUGAAUUAUACACC